AUAAUCCUGCUAAUGGAAAUCCAAUGGAUGAGUAUCUGUCUGAUCCACCUAUCCUGGAAGAUUCUGCAAAGGAUCUCAAUGGAUUUACAGAUAUAUAUUGGCCUGACUCUUUAGGACCCUUAGAUUUGGAUAUACCUUCCUCCAGAUACCAUACUGAAGAUCUAAUUUUAAGCGAUAGCCUCAGCGGCUUGAACCGCCUACUUGCCAGCAGUCUCGAUGUGUUUCAGAAUUGCUCGUUCUUUGGAUUGGACAAGAAAGAAAUAUCAUCAACAGUUGAAGCUCAACAAACUGCUUCAUUUUCAGAUUAUAAAAUUGGCAGCGGUGUUUGAGAUUAUACCAAGACCCCCUGGAGACAACAUUUUUAUCAUUGACGGGUCAAGCCAUGGAAUUCAAGCAUUGCUGUUGGUAACUUGUGACUGCGAUUUGUAUCCUGGUUUAGUUGGCUUUGAGUGCCAAGAGAAUUCGGUGACUGCCCUCAUCGGAAGUUUUCUCCCCUGUUGUACAAAAGAUAGAUGUGGAGAAACUUGUUUACAGAUCUCUCUAUUCCAACUUCUGACAUUAUUGGUACAUUUCUGUAAAUUGUGUUUCAGAAGCUGCAAAUGUGCAACCCCCAAAUACACAAAUAACUUUUGAUUAUCUGAGUUUCACAGGCUUGUUAAGUUGAGAAAGUGGACUCAUUUGAACAGUUGGUCCUCAAUGUUAAUUGACUUUUGAGACAGAAAUAGCUUUGAUUAACUGAGUUUCGGAGUUUGUGUUCAGUGGAGUAUGUAGACUCAAUUGAACUGUUGAUUACUCAAAAUGUUAAUUGUCUUCUAAAAUAAUAUGAGAUGUUUUUGUUAUCUGAA